UUUAAAUUAAAAAAAAAAAAUUUAAAGUUUAGCUGCUUGUUGAAAGUACUCGAGUCCAAAGAAGGAAAAUGCGAUAACGAUGGUGCAGGUUCUUAGCUUAAACCUUCCCAGUUCCUGCACCCGACCCCAACCAAUUGGUAUCCGAUUCCACAACAAGACCAGCGAGCCAAAUGGAAAACACAGCUGGAUUUCUCUGCGGCAGGAACUGAAGUGCAAAGGCAAGUUCACUUGCCUUUUUUCAGGCGGUAGCAGCAGCAGAGAGGAACAAGCUAGGAAAGCAUUAGAAAGUGCACUUGGAGGAAAGAAAAAUGAAUUUGAGAAAUGGAAUGAGGAAAUUAAGAAGAGAGAGGAAGCAGGUGGUGGGGGAGGUUCUGGUGGAGGAGGCUGGUUUGGAUGGGGUGGACGAUUUGGCUGGUCCAAUGGUGACAAUUUCUGGCCAGAAGCACAGCAAACAGGUCUUACCAUCCUAGGUAUUGUUGCCAUGAUUGUAUUGCAGUAUCUUGUGGUUGCAAAAGGUGAAGUGAUGUUUGCAGUCAUCAUUAAUCCUUGGCUGAAUGCUUUGCGAGGAACAAGAAAUGGGCUCACUUUUGUAUCAUCAAAAAUCUUGAAAAAGAUAUCUCCAGAUUCUCCUGCUGAUUUUGUUGAUUCAUCAAAGAAGGAAGUUUAUAUUCAGGUCUCUGCUAAAGAGAGAGUUUUAAGAAAAUGGGGAAGUGAUUGAUUGGUUAUCUCAGGUCUGCACAUCUUUUCAUAUUUUCACCCCUCCUUGUGUCAGUAGUGUGGCAAUUGUGCUUAUUUUGUUUAUGAAAUUACUCUGAACCACUGCAUAGUGCUUAUUUUGUAAGAGCAUCUCAAUUCCGUACUUUGUUUUUGAAAUCUCAAAAUAUUCUGGUCACUGGAAUUUGAAGAAGAAA